AGGAGCAGAAGACUGGUACUUCUGUGGACGUCUGUGGCCAUCUGAGCAGCAAAUCCAGCAAUGAAUAAUUCAACGGGCUGUUCAGCUAAUGCAACAGUGUGUAAUGGUACAUCCUGUGUGGUAACUAAGAAAAAUUUCAAUGAGAUUCUCAGUGUGGUACUGAGUACUGUCCUGACCAUCCUCUUGGCUAUGGUGAUGUUCUCCAUGGGAUGUAAUGUGGAAAUCAAGAAAUUCCUAGGACACAUAAAGCGGCCGUGGGGCAUAUGCAUCGGCUUCCUCUGUCAGUUUGGAAUCAUGCCCCUCACAGGAUUCAUCCUGUCAGUGGCCUUUGACAUCCUCCCUGUCCAAGCCGUGGUGGUACUCAUCAUGGGAUGCUGCCCCGGAGGAACCGCCUCCAAUAUCUUGGCCUAUUGGGUCGAUGGCGACAUGGACUUGAGCAUCAGCAUGACGACAUGCUCCACGCUGCUUGCCCUAGGAAUGAUGCCGCUGUGCCUCUUUAUCUAUACCAAAAUGUGGGUCGACUCUGGGACGAUCAUCAUUCCCUUUGAUAGCAUAGGUACAUCUUUGGUCGCUCUUGUUAUUCCUAUUUCCGUUGGAAUGUUUGUUAAUCACAAAUGGCCCCAAAAAGCCAAGAUCAUACUUAAGAUCGGAUCCAUCAUGGGUGCAAUCCUUAUUGUGCUCAUAGCUGUCGUUGGAGGAAUACUAUACCAGAGCGCCUGGAUCAUCUCUCCUGAACUGUGGAUCAUAGGAACACUAUUUCCUUUGGCUGGAUACUCUCUAGGGUUUUUACUGGCCAGAAUAUCUGGUCAGCCCUGGCACAGGUGCCGGACAGUUGCUUUGGAAACGGGGAUGCAGAACAGUCAGCUGUGCUCCACCAUUGUGCAGCUCUCCUUCACCCAGGAGGAGCUCAACCUUGUGUUUACCUUCCCGCUCAUCUACAGCAUCUUCCAGCUUGCCUUUGCAGCAAUAUUCCUAGGAAUGUAUGUGGCAUACAAUAAGUGUUAUGGAAAAAGCAACGUGGAAUUGCCAGAGAGCAAAGACAACGAAACGGUCUCCGAGUCAUCGCUCCAUAAGGUGAAUGAAGGAUUUCAACCAGAUGGAAGGUAGACACCAAGUGGACAAAAGAGAAGAAUUCUAAAGUCCAUGCUUCUGUGAUAACAAGAUUUGUUUGUUUUGAUGGGAUAUUGGGCAGGAAAAAGUUAAAGUGAACAUUUAAAUUCCAAUUGAAUCCAUACAUUAGUUUUGGUACCAAGUGACUGGUGGUCCAAAUCCUAAUGUGACAAAUAUCUAUACCUAUACCUAUCUAUCUAUGUAUAGAGAUAUAUAUACUGUCUUUGUUAUCCUGAACCGGAUUCUUACUCAGAAUCUCAUAACCCAGAGAUGAGCACCUGACUUUUUAUACCUUAAUAUAGACGCAAUGAUUUAUUAUUAUUAUUAUAAACUGAUCAAGAUUUUCUUCAGUAUUUAUGAUUGUAAAAAUAUUGAAAUGAACAUCUUCCACUGACAUAUUAAUUAUUACUUUGAAAAUGUUGCAACUUAUUUAUUUAUAUAACUUUGUAGUGUAACAUGGACAAAUAUCUGACUUCUUGUAUCUAAAAAAAAAAAAAAAAAAAAAAUCAGCCUUCUCCAGUGACAGUCCAAAAGCAAAAAUAAGAGAAAAGAGUUACUAAAUAGAAUUCAAUCACCAAACUAGAAUCAGGCCCAUAACUCAUCAGUGACAUUAUACAUUGGUUGCUUUGCCUCAGGAGUCCAAUGACGCCACUAGAUUUUUUAGGAAAAGCAGAAUUCUUUCCUAUGGCUUGAAUUUGACAAAGAGCUCUUCAAGCCCUAGGGAGGGACUUUCUCAAGGUUUGCCUGCAGGAGGCAGGUCUAUUCAGCUCAUGGGAAGUCCCUACGGUAGGCAUCAUGGAGCAGGGAGGUGGGCAGGAGGCUCAAAGACUGCAGAAGGACUGGGUAAAAUAUCCCUACUCUAGUGGGUGAAUUCAGUUCCAUGGGAGAUGAUGGGAAAUGCAAAGAAAAGCACCAAUAAUAAAGGCCUCCUUGAAAUUCAUGAUAAGAGUCAGUUAGAUGUUAUCAAAAAAAGAAUGAAGUCAGGGAGCCAUGAGGGAAGUGAGUAUUAAACAGUAUUUGAAGAAGAAGAGGACAUGCCCAGGGCCCAGAAGUGGGAAGGGCAUUGCCAAGUGAGUUCUCUGCAUGCUGUGAGUAGGUGUCACAAGAGGCAGCAGGGAGGAUUUGAUCAAUGGCAGCAGGGCUUAAUGUCAAGGGGGAAACAAUUGGCCAUGUGUUGGAUCUAAUUGAAUUUCUUUCCCUUCAUUCUGUGGCAAUAACAGGGCACAUUCUUAACUCAGAUCAUAGUGGUUUAGUUCUGUUUUCCAUUUGGACAUUUUCCCUGCCUCAUAGAUUUCCUUUCGAAUGUUUGGGCUCCAAAGGGCCUUUUGCAUUUGGAUGAUGUGAGUUCGGAUCCUGCUGGUGUUUCUCAGCAUUAAAAGAACAUGAAGUUCAACUCUUAGCUUUCAACAGAGGGUGAGGGAAUCUGCUUUAAAAAUUGUAACAUUUAUGCCUUUUUAUAUGAGGGUCACAUUUACAAUUGAAUAAAGCUCCUAUAUUUUUUUUCAUCAUUAGACAAAUAUCUUAAAAGGGACUAAAGAUUUUUAUGAAAGGCCAGUAGGGGAGAGGUGGUACAGAUUUUCCAUCAGGGAGUUUCAAAGAAUACGCUUCCAAUGGUGCAAAAGGAAGACUCUGGGUCUGUUAGGUACCUCCUAUGCUUUCCUCAUCAAACAGAAAACAGGCAGGUGUACUAAAUUCACACUGUGAAUUCAGAUCAUCAUUUCAACAUACCCAGAGUCAAGGGCCUGGAUGCCAGCAGCUGAAGCAAGCAGGCUUUUCCUCCCUAUGGGAUCCAGAUAUGUGAGACAAAACUUGGCUUUCUUACAUAGUAUGGUAUCUUGUGAGCUGUGUUUUUUUUUUUCUAAUGUGCUAGAGGGAAGAAAAAUAGCUGAGCUUCGUAAAAUGACAGCUCUCUAUUUUUAAAUGAGUUUAAAAAGCCGAUUAAAUUAUGUAUUUUAUUGCCUC